UAUGCAGACACACAACAUGGCGGACUAGAGGAGUCGGUCGUCGCGCCCGGAUACACCGGAUAAACAGUGGGAUUUACCACCCAGGAAGGUUAAAAAGUGCCGCCCGUUGGGACGAUACGCCAAGGCAAGAUAAGGAUAUUUUUAAGGGUGUGGUAUUUGCCUGGAAUUUGUGGAUAAAGUGCCUGCGAAGUGUUGGCUCGGUGUCGCGGAUCGUCCGCCAGGUCCCCCCGCUCUCACACGCUCUGUUCCCGGGGUGUGGAGACAGGCAGGGGCCGGGGCUCCGGAACGUGGAAGAGGAACGCGAGCUCCACACUCCUCCUUGGCUCCUUCAAAAGCCCCUCAGGUCUCCUCGGGGCGCUGCUGGAGUUGUGGAAGACACUGUGCGAAUGAGUGAUUGAUGCCAACUUCGCUCCUUCAGGGCAGAAUGGGUGUGUGUCCCCUGCUCCUGCUGCUCAGUGUAACCCUUGGGGCCUUUGCCCAGGAUCACCUCCCCAUUACUGGCCCUCCAGGUGUCACUGUCAAACUUCCAGACCCUCCUGUUGCACCUUUCCUUAACAAUACACCCACUGCAGAGCCACCCACAAUGCUUGCCCCUGCAGUCGUCUCUGUGAUAGCAACAACAACAACAACAACCACUACCCCAACGCUGCCAGCAGGACCCAAUGCCACUGUGGCAGUGGAACCCAUCACUCCUCUAUCCCCAGCUGAUGUCCCUCAGGCACCACCAAGCACCAAUCCUCCCCUUCCUCCCACCACAGUGGUCCAAGACAGUGGGGGGGACAAUGGGACUUUAAAUUCUAUUCCAGGCACUGCACCUCCAGAUUAUCCUUUCGAAGACAGCGAUGACUUCCUCAUUGAGACAGUGUCUACUACAGAUUCCAGCCCUCAUGACAACAGCCAUAAUGAUGACAUGCCAGUCAUAGCAGUGAUGGUGGCCCUGUCCUCUUUGCUGGUCAUUAUAUUCAUCAUCAUCAUCCUCUAUAUGCUCAGGUUCAAAAGGUACAAGCAAGCAGGAAGCCAUUCCAGCUCUUUCAGAUUGACCAAUGGUAGAUCAGAUGAUACAGAACUCCAGAGUGUGCCGCUAUUGGCCCGUUCCCCCAGUACAAAUAGGAAGUACCCGCCCCUUCCCAUAGACAAACUUGAGGAAGAAAUGAACCGCCGCAUGGCCGAUGACAACAAGCUCUUCAGGGAGGAGUUUAACGCAUUGCCAGUCUGCCCCAUCCAGGCAUCAUGUGAUGCUGCGUCUAAGGAAGAGAAUAAAGAAAAGAAUAGAUAUGUCAACAUCCUCCCAUAUGAUCACUCCAGGGUACAUCUGUCAUCUCUCGAGGGAGUCCCAGACUCAGACUUCAUCAAUGCCUCCUUUAUAAAUGGUUACCAAGAGAAAAAUAAGUUUAUUGCAGCUCAAGGACCGAAGGAAGAAACGGUCAAUGACUUCUGGCGUAUGAUUUGGGAGCAAAACACUGCUACCAUUGUCAUGGUGACCAACCUAAAGGAAAGAAAAGAGUGUAAGUGUGCACAGUACUGGCCGGACCAGGGCUGUUGGACAUAUGGAAACAUUCGUGUGUCAGUAGAAGACACAAUGGUGCUGGUGGACUACACCAUCCGAAAGUUUUGCAUUCAACAGGUGGGUGAUGUUUCUGGGAAGAAGCCACAGAGACUUGUUACUCAGUUCCACUUCACAAGCUGGCCUGAUUUUGGGGUGCCUUUCACCCCCAUUGGAAUGCUCAAGUUUCUUAAGAAAGUCAAGACCUGCAACCCGCAGUAUGCCGGACCAAUUGUGGUCCAUUGCAGUGCGGGUGUGGGGCGGACAGGCACCUUCAUUGUGAUUGAUGCCAUGUUGGACAUGAUGAUCGCUGAGAGGAAGGUGGAUGUGUUCGGCUUUGUCACAAGGAUCAGAGCUCAACGCUGUCAGAUGGUUCAGACUGAUAUGCAGUACGUAUUCAUCUUUCAGGCACUGUUGGAGCACUACCUGUACGGUGACACAGAGCUGGAGGUGACAUCUUUGGAGUCUCACCUGGCCAAGCUUUAUGCCCUCUCACCUGGAGCUGGCUGCAGUGGAUUGGAGGCAGAAUUCAAGAAACUGACAUCCAUCAAGAUUCAGAAUGACAAGAUGAGAACAGGCAACCUGCCGGCCAACAUGAAGAAGAACAGAGUCCUACAGAUCAUUCCAUAUGAAUUCAACAGAGUGAUCAUUCCAGUCAAACGAGGAGAGGAGAACACUGAUUACGUUAAUGCUUCCUUCAUUGAUGGUUACCGUCAGAAGGAUUCGUACAUGGCCAGCCAAGGCCCUCUGCUUCACACUAUAGAAGACUUCUGGAGGAUGAUCUGGGAGUGGAGAAGCUGCUCCAUAGUCAUGCUUACUGAGCUGGAGGAGAGGGGGCAGGAAAAGUGUGCUCAGUAUUGGCCAAGUGAUGGAGUGUUAAUUUAUGGAGAUAUCUCCAUUGAGCUCAAAAGGGAAGAGGAGAGUGAGAGUUACACAGUUCGAGACCUCCUGGUCACCAACAACAGGGAGAACAAGGCUCGAGCGGUGCGUCAGUUUCAUUUCCAUGGGUGGCCAGAAGUAGGCAUCCCCACUGAUGGAAAAGGCAUGAUCAACAUAAUCGCUGCAGUACAGAAGCAACAGCAGCAAUCUGGAAACCACCCCAUCACUGUGCACUGCAGUGCGGGUGCUGGCCGGACGGGGACUUUCUGUGCUUUGAGUACAGUCCUGGAGAGGGUGAAGGCAGAAGGCAUCCUGGAUGUCUUCCAGACAGUAAAGAGUCUCCGACUGCAGAGACCCCAUAUGGUGCAAACACUGGAGCAGUAUGAGUUCUGCUACAAAGUGGUCCAGGAGUAUAUCGAUGCCUUUUCUGACUACGCCAACUUCAAGUAGGGACUUGUCACAGGUGGAUGUUCACAUAUACUUCAUAACAGACAUCUAUACAUCCACAGUUACACCUACAUUAAAAUGCAGAGACUUGCAUAUUCCCAUGUGAUGGAUUUAUGGAAGAAAAAAAAAACUCAUCACAGCCUGAUCUGUGGAUGGAACAAUCUGCCUGGUGGAAAAGGGAACAGAGGUCUCAGUUCAGAGAUCAGGGCAGUGCAGCCAGACAGAAGAAACAAGCUGAGAAAUGAGAGAUGCCUUCUUGGAUAUUUUGUAAUAUUACCCUUGUUAAUACAGCCCCUCACCCAUAUUUGCUUACCUUAUCUUUCUCCAUAUGUAUAUACACUAACUGUGAUGCAUAUUAUUACUUUGGUUUCAGACACAGAUUUGAGUUUUGACUGCAUUUUAGGGUGGCACCUGUAAUGUAUUUUAAUGGUAUAUAUAAAUAUAUAAGAAUUUAAUUCUCGUGCUUUGGACACUACUGUAAAGGAAAAAAAAAUCCAAAGUCAAGGUAACUUUUUUCUUUUUAUUCUUGUGCGACUUUACCACAGCCGCGCUGUAGCCACAUGUGUAGUAGCAAACCCCGGGCAUUUCCACAAGCUAAUGCCUGGGCUCGUUUUCAAUUCCAGACAAUACAUACACAUAAACUGCGACUGCAGCGCCAUUAUUCUCAACAAAGAUCUGGAUGCAUUCCUUUAAUGCACCUUUUUAAGUUUUGCAGGUCCAAUCAGGAGUGGAGUCCAGAAUAUUUGUGGCUUAGCUCCUCGUCUCAGUUUGACGCUGUCAUACGAAGAAACACAUUCAUACACACUUGUAAAUACCAGGAGCCAUCUGCACUUCUGUGUGUGUUUGAGUUGGAACCUAUGCUGGCAAAAUGUACACAGCGUGUUUUCAUGUUUGUCUUCUCGAAACCGAGUGCCAAAGUCUUUCACCUGACUGGAUUCUCCAACUCGGAACCAGCUGUUUUACAGUACUAGUAAGCUGUUUUUCCUGACAGGUAGGAUGUCUGUCAGUCACCAACACAUGCCUGCAGUUACAUGAAAAUGAAUAGUUUGUUUAAUCCCAUGCAGUAAAGAAAUGCAUUUUAGAGGAACUGUUCACACUUUUAUGUUAAAUCUUGAAAAAUAAUUUUAAUCUCAAGCUCUGUUACAGUAUCGGCAACAGUGUUGAUGAAGCGCUAAACCAGACGACACACCUAUAAUGCUUUAGAGAAAUGAGUUCUUUAUAAGUGGUAAUUCAGUUUUUGUUUAGAGACUCAUCAGUAUUUGUUGAAGUUUGUGUUCAGCGUUUCUUUCAAGUCUGCCAGAAUUGUCAAUUUGCUUUUAUAUCUGCUUCAUAUCCCUGCGCUGGACUGUCGGGCCUUUUUUUAUGUUUAUAUGCGCUUUUUCUGUGCAACAAUCACUGAUGCUGAAGAAUGUUUCUGUUUUUAUGACAAUGCUGUUGCUAAAAUACUGCUCAAACAUGGAUGCAUUGUUACAUUGUGGACGUGUGUUGUGCAGUAUGUGUCCGGGUUUCUUUUUGUGUUUUGUAACAGUAGUCCCGUGAGGACACAGUUGAGGUCACACCUGAGGUUGUGCUCUUUAUGAUUGUAAUGGAAACUGAGAGACAGCUGUGAGCCGCAGCCUGUGUCAGUCGGUUCUGUUUCAGCUCAGCUCAGGAAAUGACUGAUGCCUACUUGUAUAAAUUUUACAAAUUCAACAAAUUUAAAAAUCAUCUCAACAUUUAGUUCAUUUUGUUUUAACAUUUGUUUUAAAGACGCAUUUGGUUAUUCAUUUGCUCAUUCUCAAAUUUAACAUAUAGUAAAUCAUGAAAUUGCGACAGCUUUAAUCUCCUGAGAUUUAACUUUCCAAAUGUAUUUUAAUAAAAAAAUACAAGGAUAUUGCCGACAUGUUUCACACUAACAGUUGCAUCAUUCCUUAACUAAAAGAGCACAAUCAGUUUUUAGUUAGUCAUUAGGCUCAUAGACUCAUUUUUAUGGUCAUUCAGCAAUAAACGUCACAGAUGCUAUCACAGAACGAAAUAUCGAUGCACUGGACGAAUAAAUAAAAACACAGAAUAGGAGCACAGAAUAAAAGUCCAAAGUGUAUGGUUGUGAUAAAUGGGGUUUAAAAAAGUCAAAUUACACAGUGGGUUUGGAUACACUUGGCUUUAUUCAUGUGGAUUGUUGGAACACUUAAAUCAUGCACUGUUUGCACCAAAAUAAAAACCUUAAAGUUUAGAGAGAACCAAACAAGAGGUGAGUUCAGCUAAGACUUGAAGCUUCAUUUAUCUCUUCUAGCCCAUGCUCAGCUCUAUUAUUUGGGCUUUAUUAAAUGUUUUAAUUGUCCAGUCAUUGCUCAGAAUUAAUCAUGUGACACCUAAGCCAAGUUGGGAGUCAUUUUAUUAUUUGGGAGAAGGAUGCUUUUAUUAUUAUUAUAUUAUUAUUAUUAUUGAAGUCCAUCUGGCAUGUAUAAGUGAUAUGGUUUGUUGUAUGUAUUUGGAGUAUGGUCACUUUGUCAUACUCCAAUAUAACAAAAGCAGGAUACUGUGCCAACCAAUGAGGCUCACUUUUCCGCAACGUGUAAUGAACAAAUAAAAGUGCCUCACUGGUUGAUUUUCAAAAUUAAUUCAUCUUGUGCGCCUGCUGCGUUUGUGUGGUAGAACCUUUGAAUGUUGAUCUUUAUUUCCUCCCCACAUAACCAUCAUCAUCACUAACGAGGCCUCUCUGUAUGAUGUUGCAAAUUGAAAUGUUCAGAAGUUAAGCUAACUGCGUCAGUCAUCUUUUGAUUUACAUUCCGUCUGUUCCUGUGCAGUUUCCUACUUUAAAUUGAGUUCCUAACUCUGAUUACUUCAUAUUCCACUUUGACUUUGUGGCUUCAAUUCAUUCCACUUAAUAUUUGAACAAAAAGCCGAUGACAAGGAAUCCACUCUGGGUACUAUCGGGUUUAUUGAUAUAAAUCACACUUUUUUAUGCGGUACCAAAAGAAAAAAAUAUCAGGUGUUUGUUUAAGCUUCAUUUUCAGAGCAUUUUGAAUUGAUAAAUCUCAAUUUCUUGAGUGAGCAAGACUAGAGGAAGAUGAUGGUCUGACCUCUUCUUCUCUUUAAGUUUAUGUCCUAAAUCGCUCACAGCUCGACACAAACUGCUUCUUUCUUUUCGCCCUCAGACCAUUUGUGUCUACUGGUCACUGCCUACACACUUUUGUACAUAACCUAAAGUUAUUUAUAUGUCAUUCUUUUCUGCUGCCUUGCUUAUUUUAUUGUCGUUUUUGUUUUGUUUUUUGUUUUGUUUUUUUGUGUAUAUUAAACUGUAUUGGGACCAUUUUGAAAUGUAUUAGAGAUGUUUUGACCAUUUUUAAUUUGGUAAAACUGUCGCAAGGAAAUAUUUUUUUUAAUUUGCCUGUUUGUUUCUAGUGUUUUGUUAUUCAAAAUUUGGAUAUAUGUAUAUAUAAUUAUAUAUGAAAAAUUAUAUAUAAUUAUAUAAUGCCAAAAGGCCUUUCUAAACAAGAUACUGUUCAAACUUAAUAAAGUGCUUGAGAUUUUAA